ACUAUUCGUUUGCAUCUAUCAUCGGACAGUGAAUCCCUCUACUUCGACCCUGAGUCCCUUUGCCUUGCAUGCUGCCUUGCUCCGUUAGUCAUCGUCAAUCCCAAUCCAGCUUUCUUAUGCCGCUUUAGUCCAACCAAAGCGCCUUUACCAAGGGCUUAGAUUAGCCAUGGCGGCUGUAAGCACGAGAAAAAAGGACAAGCGAACUACACUUCAGGACUUCGAGUUAUCCAAAACACUGGGCACGGGUACUUUCGGUCGGGUCUUGCUUGCACGGGAUCGACGUGGAGGAGAAUUCUACGCACUGAAGAUUAUGAACAUCAGUGAAGUCAUUCGCUUAAAGCAAGUCGAACACGUCCAGAACGAGAAAAACAUUCUUAUGAGCAUAGAACAUCCAUUCAUCGUAAAUUUGUUGUGGACACAGCAUGAUCAGACGUUUCUCUACAUGUUGUUGGAGUAUGCAUGUGGUGGAGAGUUGUUUACAUAUCUUCGAACUGCUGGGAGAUUUAACAAUGGGACUGGACUAUUCUUUGGCUCAGAGAUUGUCUCUGCUAUGGACUAUCUGCAUGGGCAUAGUAUAGUUUAUAGAGAUUUAAAGCCAGAGAAUAUUUUGCUAGAUAGAGAUGGUCAUGUCAAACUUACAGAUUUUGGAUUUGCUAAGGAAGUUCAUGACAAGACAUGGACAUUAUGUGGUACCCCGGAAUACCUUGCACCUGAGAUUAUUCAGAGUAAAGGACACAACAAAGCAGUGGAUUGGUGGGCACUAGGAAUUCUUAUUUAUGAAAUGCUUGUAGGAUAUCCACCGUUUUUUGAUGACAACCCAUUUGGGAUUUACGAGAAGAUACUGUCUGGAAAGGUGGAGUGGCCAAAGCAUAUGGACAACACAUCUGCAAAGGAUCUUAUCAAGAAGCUUCUAGUUCACGACCGAACGCGGAGGCUCGGUAGCAUGAAGAAUGGCAGUGAAGAUGUGAAAAACCAUAAAUGGUUUAAAGUUAUAGAUUGGAACCUAGUAUUACAAAGAAAAUUAAAGCCACCUAUUAACCCUAAAAUAUCACAUCCGGGAGACACGAGAAACUUUGACGACUACCCGGAGGAGGACUGGAGAGGAGCCCCGCCCUUGAACGCCAAGCACCUCGAGCCUUUCAAAGAUUUUUAACGACUCUUUGAGUUAGAAGUAAACUAUUCGAUCUACCAAUGCAUUUGGACCAAGCUCAAGAAUCAAUUCCCUGGAGUAAUAUUCAAUUUAGCUUGAUGUACUUAUCAACGUCUCAUUUCCUAUUUAUUUCACUGUAAUUGUUUAGAAAUGAGGAAAACAUAGGGAAAUAUCUUCUAGGGCGUUAAACAAAUCACGCGAUUGUCCGUAACGUGUUAUACAGGAAAGCAACCCAACGAGCUUUAUUUUUACAAAUAACGCAAGCCUUAAUGUGCAGUGGUGUGUCUAGUUCACAAUCUUGCCUCAUUUACUGCGUUUUUAAGGAUUUUGUGAAUUCAUCUUUAGAAAUCUAGUCGACAAACUGUAUCAUGGCUUCCCUCAAGAAACCUUGGUGAAUGGUCCUUGGUCAACACAUAAAUCUUUCCCUUCCAACAUUCCAGCCAAAAGUGCUGACUAAUCAGAAAGAACGAUGUGUAUUUCGGCUGCACUUGGAAUGGAGCCUAGUCUCGCCCAGAAUAAAAGCGGCGCGCAAAUCCCUGGAACUGACCCAGGGCAGAGUUUGACUGAGAAAGCCAGAAAGCUGUUAAACAAUUUUAAACCAUUUGCCAGAGUUUGCAGAAUAUUUCAAACAGCAAUUCCUACAUUUAUCCUUUCUGAAUAUUACCUCUUUUUAUACUUAUACGCAAAGGGUUAAAUUUUAUAUCAUCAAUUACAGCCUUUCUCACACAAAAUGGAUAGAAUCACACUUAGUACAAAACCCAUUUGUGGGACCUCAUUUCUUCCAGAGGAAGACUUCUAUUUGAAAACAUGCAUGCUGAUAUAAGAAUAUAAGGAUUUGUUAUCGAUUAUUGUGAAUAUUUUGUACAGAUACGAAUAGAGCCAAACUAUGGCUUAAGGGCGAGCUUUUUAAAGAGCUAAUACAAAUUUUAAAAUAACAUUUUUGCAUCAAAUUUUCAAACAAAAGCCCCUGUAUGUAUUUUUAUUUCGUCCAAUAAAACCUGGAGUGUUUGAUAA